UGCAGGGGCCAGGAGGGCCUCCCUCCCUGGGUGAGCGUUGCCGCUCACCUGCCUCGCCCCUCCCGCGGCCCGAGGUCUGCGGCACGCCCCGCCCUGUGGGUGGAGUGUGAGCGGGGUGGGGUUGGGGGGGGGCAACCUUGGACUUUGCGCCCUCAGGUGUGUAGGCGCUGGCCGCGGGCAGAGCCGCUCAGCCCUCCUCAGCCGGCCCAUGGAAGCGGCCGUGUGCCCGUCGGCCCGAGACGAGCUGGAGCUCUCGGUGCUCGGGGGGCAGUCAGACGAGCAGACGCCUCUCAGUGGAGAGGUCACGGUCAUCUCGGCAUCGGUGGAGGAGGCCUGCCCGCCGCAGGGCAAGAAGGAAAAUCCCUGGAGCUCCUGCAAUAAGAACGUGGUGGGAAGGUGUAAACUGUGGAUGGCCAUCGCCUCCGUUUUCCUGGGUCUCAUUGUAGUGAUCAUCAUAAGCUUGUGUCUUGUUGGAGUAACGUAUGUUGAUGAAGAUGAAAAUGAGAUACUUGAACUGUCAUCAAACAAAACGUUCUUCAUCAUGCUGAAGAUUCCAGAGGACUGCAUGACUGAAGAGCAGUUGCCUCAACUGCUCACUAGAAGGCUCACAGAUCUGUACAGUACUUCACCAUCUCUGCAUCGUUAUUUUACUUCGGUUAACAUUGCGGACUUCAGUGGUGAAAAUGCCACGGUGACCUAUCACCUGCAGUUUGGGGUUCCCUCGGAAGAUGACGCCUUCAUGAGGUAUAUGAUGAAUGAGGAGUUGGUGCUGGGCAUCUUGCUGCAGGAUUUCCAUGAUCAGAAUGUAUCUGGCUGUGAGAGUCUGGGCCUGGAUCCAACAUCCCUCUUGCUCUAUGAGUGAAGCGCCAUUGAGUUCUGGCGAGGAAGAGAAGUCCUUCUGUUGUGGAUUCAUGUAGAAGCAGCUGGCAUUGGCCAGAGGGGAUGAACUGUCCUUUCUGUCUGUGAUUCUGUACAGUUACGAAGUCUGGCUCCACAUCCAGCACAACAGCUCCAAACCCUGCCCCUGGUCGAGCACUGGGUCCAGACUUGGCAAAGCAGGAAGUCAGAAAGCGGUUGGGAGGGGAUGGGGCAGGCAGAUGGACCCCACAGUCUGAGGCUGCUGUUCUCCAAGCACCGGCUGCCUCCACCCACGCGUGGUUAUUUUCUCUGCAGUGCUGAGGCGGUGCACUGCCUCCUUGCAGGCAAGAUCUGCUAGCCUGUGCUGCAGGAGCAGGGAGAGGCAGGUGGCCGGGGGAGGGAGCGCCGAGCUGAUCACUGUGAAAUUCCCCUUCCCUCUGCCAUUGCACUUGAUCUACCUCUAAGCCUGUGGGUGAGGAAAAGAAGGUAUUUCACAAGACUUAAACGGCAUAGCUGUGUCUAUUUCCAUGAUCUGUACUUGGGUGUCUUGGAAAGUCAGCCUUAAGCCUAUCAACCAAUGUCCCUGUAUUGUAGAUAUGUGUAGCUCUAGAAAUAAGAUUGCUGAUUCACAAUUAUUUUGCAUCUCAUCACUGUUCUGAUGACUCCCGAAGACCUCUUAUGGAAACAUGAGUCCCUGUGAGUUUUGAGGAUACUGUCGUGAUUUUGGAUGGUCACCCCAGGUGUAUUUUCAUAAACUUCCAUCAGAGAAUCAUUCACACUCCUUAACAGCGGCUCUUGAUGGAUUGUGUGUCUCAUUACAGAUGGUCCCGAAACAGGAGGGCCCCUCUCCUCCUUUUGAGAUAAGCUGUUGGAAGAUUAAUGCCAUAUCUUUUGGGGCUAGGAGGAAUAUUAACAAUGUUACUCGUUGUCUACAAAUCAGGAGACAGAGUAUUUGUUUUGUUGGGAAAAUUGCUUUGCUGGAAGUUAUCAGGAGAAGGAGUUUGUGGUCAUAAAAGAAGAAGGUCCUAUCCCUAAUAAUUAGCGUUGGGGAGAAGUCAGUGUGAGUGGCAGCUGUGUGGGUAUGUCAGAGUGGAUGCCUUGGGCUAGUCUGGACUAGUUUGCUUUCUUAUUUAACUGGAAGAUGCACUCAUUGUCUCAUUUUAAGUACGGUUCCUUAAACUAGUAAAACCAGUGAAUUUACCUUCUUCCUCUAUUUUUUUUUUACAUGUCAAAUAUGAGUCUUAGUGUAUUUGUACUUUUCAGAAAAUAAUGAACAUUUUUCAUAGAGAAUGAUUUUAAAACAUUUACAAUAAAUUAUUUUUGCAUCCGU